AGCAAAUUUUGGCUCAGCUGCUGUGACAUCCCAAGUGUUUAACCUGCGCUCCGCCGGCGGAAAUUUUUGAACGGAGAACAUGGUGAGCUUUCAUUUGCGCAGCGAGUGCGCAGCUCAUCUUACCCGUGUGGCGGAUGUGCCAUCCCUUCAGAUGUCUUUGAAGCUGACAUUACCGGUCCAUGAGCUUCUCCAGGCUUUGACGGAUGCGACCAAAGCUCAGAUCCAAGCGCCGGUGCCUGUGGUGCCGGGGCUGGUGGAGCCGGCGCCGGCGCCUGCAGUGCCGGGGCUGGUGGAACCGACGCCGGCGCCACUGGUGGAACCGAAAUCGAAAUCGGUGCCACUGGCGGAACCGAAAUCGAAAUCGGUGCCACUGGCGGAACCGAAAUCGGCGCCUUUGGUGGACCCGAUUGGCCAAUGGGAGAAGCUCGAGGAUGGAUGCAUUGUGAGGGUGUCCAACGUCAUGAAGAGGUUGAAUGCGGAGGAUCUGAAGGGGCUCUUUGAAGAGGUGGUGGGACCCGUGGAGAAGGUCCAGGUUCAGCAAUCUCAUGCCUUGGUGACCUUUGCCAAGGAGGAAGACGCGCAGCGACUGAUCGAGCGCUUUGACGGUGCGAUCUUGGAGCUCCCCGAGCGCCCAGGAGCAAAAGCAAGGGCUUGGCCCUUGCAGCAAGGUAUAUUUGCACAAUGUUUGGAAGAACAUUUGGGGCCCCUCGAUUUGUGCCAGUUGCUUCGAGGGCCUGGAUUCGUAACGAUCUUCCAAAGCGCUGUCAAGCGUCAAUUGAAGAAGGACACCGGCUAUCAAAUUGACUUUAGAGGCAGUUUCAUCAAGGUACGUCGCGCUUGCGCGGAAAAUCGCCUAUGAUCUCAGCCCGGACAGAACUCAUCAGCAGUGCUUGGCCUUUGCCCGGUUUUACUUCAACGUUACGGGAGUUCCCAGUCCAAUGACGGCGCUUUCGACCGUGGGGCAGGUGACGUGAGGCACAUGCGAGGUUGAAAACAUGCAGACUCAGCAUUGCUGAGCUGACUUCGACUCAAGUCACGUGCCACAUAGUAGCGUUCGGGCCAUGCUCAGCUUCUUGGAUUCCAUUCCUGCAGGUGCAUCGCUCUUGGGCGGAAAAGCGGCGUACGAUGCCUCAAUGAUUUCAAUCUAUCUCAGUAGAAAUAUGGCAAGGAGCCCGCACAGGCACAGGGAACUCAUGGGUGCGCUUUUUUGACAUCAAAC